UCCACCUGAGAGUCGGACUCGGACUCGGACUCGGAGCCAGCCAGGCAUGAGGAUAUGGUGGCGCCGCCCGUACGCCUCCGCCGCCUUCCUCCGCCGCCACCGCAUCUAUGCAAUACAAAUCCAAAUCCUCGGAUCCAAUCUCAAAUCAUCCGCGAAACAAUUCUCUCGGCAACCUAGAUCGCCCGCAUCGCGUUCAAUUCCUCCCAGCAACCACCGCAAAGGAGAGCCUUGCUCCCAAGAACCACAGCAGAUCCGGCGAACGAGAUGCUCUGCCUCCCCUCCUCCUCCGCAUUCCGGCCGGCCGAUCCGGCGGCGCGUGGCGCCAUGGCUUCGCAGCAGCAGCGCCAGAGCUUUCCUCACGCCUCCACUGCAGCUCGAGGCAUGCUCAGCUUCUCCUCCGCCGCACCGUCCGGGCCGGCAGAUCCUGCGGCGCAGCAGCAGGACUUCCGCAUGCGGGAGUUCGACUACUUCGUCGUCGUCGACUUCGAGGCUACCUGUGAGAAGGAUUCGCGCAUCUACCCGCAGGAAAUCAUCGAAUUUCCUGCGGUCCUCGUCGACGCCGCCACCGGCGGCCUGGUCUCCUCGUUCCGCACCUAUGUGAAGCCGCGGCACCACCCGGUCCUCACCGCUUUCUGCUCCGAGCUGACGGGGAUUCAGCAAGAGCAGGUCGACGGCGGCGUGGAUCUUGCAACGGCGCUGGCCUUGCACGACAAGUGGCUGGCGGCGGCGGGCGUAUCCAAGAACCGUCUCGCCAUCGUCACCUGGGGUGAUUGGGACUGCCGGACGAUGCUGAAGUUCGAAUGCAAUUUCAAGAACAUCUCCAAGCCAUCGUAUUUCAACCAGUGGGUUAACCUCCGGAUCCCCUUCGAGACCGCGUUUGGCGCUGGGCGGCGCAACCUGCAAGAAGCUGUCCGGGAGGCGGGUCUGCAGUGGGAUGGCCGCCUCCACUGCGGGCUCGACGACGCCCGCAACACAGCGCGUCUCCUUGUCGAGCUGAUGCGGCGGGGAGUCCGUAUCUCCAUAACCGGCUCUCUGGUGCCACCGCCUCUGCCAGAGCCAGAGCCGGAGCUGGAGCCGGAGCCGGAACUCCAACAUCAGGCACAGCUUUCACCGGCGAAUCGCAACUUAAGCUGGUGUGAUGAUGGUGCUGCUACUACUGACUGCUUCUACUGCUACUGUGGUGUUCCUACCAGAGGCGGUGUGGUGACCACACCAGGACCAAUGCACGGACGAUUCUUCUUCGCUUGUGGGAACUGGACGCCGACAUGUCGUUUCUUCCUCUGGGCGGCCUGAUUGCCGGCCAUCUGGACUCCAUCGCAUCAUCGGCGUUAAGGUUAGUUAGUUACUACUCACUUAUACACACACAUGGAGUGCAUAGUUAGUGCUCAGGUAGGUACCGCACUUGCUCAGGAGUUUAUGCUCUGUGAAUCUGUGUGAACCAGUUAGAAUUUUUUACGGUCGGUAGCAGUGUCUCUGGGGUCUUGGAGGGCAAAUCCUGUUGAGGAUAGGUGCUUGCAAUGAAGCUUGGGCUAGUGUGCAACUCCUGGAUGAAACGAACAGUUUUCAUACAUAAUUUCUAAAAAGUUUGAUUUUCCUCUUUACUGACCAUUGAAAAAUUGAUCUCCCAAUUCUACCAAUUUCCUGCAAGUGAGAUGAUUUGAAAGUCAGGAUGAAGCGUAAAAUGCAGCCAUUGUUAAUAAGUUAAUAAAUUGACAUGGUGAUGAAACUUGACCCUUUCUGUUUCAUUUUACUGAAUAACCAUACAAUGGAACUUGACCCUUUCUGUUUCAUUUUACUCUCUAAAAUAGCUUCUUGUCAGAUAGGAGUAUGUGACUUGUACAGUUGCCACCACACUUUUCUUCAGUACCAGAUUUAAGCUAUCUUAUUAAUCCUUUAUGAUAAUCUCCUGAAUCUUCUGAACUAGUUUGUAACUCGUGGAUGAAACUAACAGUUUUUCUUACAUAAUAAAUCAUUUGAGCUAACUUCUAAAAGUUUGAUUUUUCUCUUUAUCGAUCAUUGAAAAAUUGAUCUCCUGUUUCCACCACUUGCCUGAAAUUUAGAUGAUUUGAAAGUCAGAUAGGAUGGAGCGUAAAAUGCACCCAUUGUCAAUAAGUUAAUAAAUUCACAUGGUAUGGAAAAUGCAACAAUUGCUAAAAGAGUUGUUCUUAUACCACUUGGAACAUAGCAGAUAAGAAGAACUAAAAAAGAACCGAAUUCUGAGCCUUUGAUUGUUGUGAGUUAACCUUAGGAUCAUUUUUUUUUUGUUUGUCUGUUUGUGGGUGGGGUGGGGGGUAGACUGGUGGAGUCUGCUGAAUACCUACCGUGUAAAAUACUUCUGGUUCACCUAGAUUGACUGAGCACCUGCAUGUGGUUUUGCGGUAUCCUGAGUUUUUUUUUUGAAAACUCCUGUGUGUGUGGUGAGGUGUAAUCUAGUUCGUAUCUGGUCUUCAAUGUAAUCUAGUUUUUAUCUUGGCUUCAAUGUAAUUGAGUUCUUACCAAAUGUAAUCAAGUUGUUAAUAUAAUCAAGUUCUUCCCUUUUCUUCAAUGUAAUGGAGUUCUUCUGCGUAAUAAACUUUAUAUGGAAGUGAAUGGAGAUUGUUUUUCCCGAGUGUC